GACUGCUCGUGAAGACAGUCAGUCGCUUCCCAGCAAAGCUUCUGGCAUCAGGGUGUCGUCGUUUGGCUCGUGGUUAGUCUCUCUGAUCCUCUGAUCAGCCAGUGAACAAUAAUAUUUUUGUACAACUAUGGUGCAUUGGAUAUUGGUUGGAGUGUCCGCGGUCGUUCUGACCGUGGCGGUCUUCGGCGCUCCACAACUGCCCGACUCUCAACAGAACCAAGGUCCAACUGUCGGAUUUCGAAGUGGCAAACCAACGAUCUAUAGAAGCAAAAGUCAGAACGAAACUAGAGACCUAUUCGCCUAUCCGGAAGAGCAGUUCUCCAAUAACCACAAUCAGGAUGCCAAGAAUCGAACCCCGGUGUACAUCCCGAACUGGUGCCAGAAAAACGAAAUACUCUACCCGAGUGAUGAGGGAAACGAUUGGGUGUGCGACUGCAAACCAACAUUCGUGUAUCAUCCACCAUCCCGACAGUGCUACCAACUGUUCACCAAGGCCUUCUGCGAAGACGGAUACAUGGUGACCCUGCCAAAUCCAGACUCCAAACAACCGAAAUGUGUUUUUAACCCAUGUUACAAACGGAAUGUCAACUUGGUGCUCUUCAAUAACGAAUGCGUUGAGUUGAAUGCAUACUAUGUCAAGUGUUCGAUCGACAAGCUUCGACUAAUCGUUGCCGUACAGGAAAAUAACAUGCUGGGAUGCGUCCAUAUUUCCGUCAAUCCUUAUAAUAAAAUUGAUAGCUUUUGAAACGCUACAAUAUCAAACUUUCCUUGUAGUUGUACUUGCGCUAGAUGUUAAAAGAUCUACUGUUUCCGUUGACAUUCAGCACUAUUCGCAAGACAUGUAUCAAACGGUUUGAAAUAAAAAGACUCUUGUAAAGAAA